AUGAAGCUACAAACCGUUGUUUUCGGAGGGAUCGGCAUGGACGACACGUUCCUCAUGUUGGCAGCGUGGCGGAAGACGAGCGUUCAUGCGUCAGUGGAGCACAGAGUGCAGGAGACCUACGCCGAGGCCGCGGUGUCGAUGACGAUCACGUCACUCACCAACGUUCUGAGCUUCCUGAUCGGAGCCACUUCGUCGUUCCGUGUUCUCAACAUCUUUUGCAUGUACUCAGGUCUAAGUAUCCUGUUCCUGUACUUGUACCAAAUCACGUUUUUUGGUGGAUGGAUGGCAUUUUACGGCCGUCUGGAGAAGGCGAACAGACACACCUUCACGAUGAGGAAAAUUAUCACCUACAAUGAAGCUGCGAAACAAGGUCGCGGGACUUGGUACCGGAUGUUGUGCACCGGUGGUCACGAGCCGGAUGACGACUUUGAUGAGGGCGCCGAGGGAGCCACGAACCACGCCGUCAUGCUGUUCUUCCGCAACUGCGUCGCCAAAACCCUGACGAAGCCUGUUGCCAAGAUUAUGGUUGGUAUUAUUUUCAUUUGCUAUGUGGCCGGUGGAUUAUACGGAGUUUUGCAACUGGAGGAAGGACUGAGCCUCAAACGCCUGGUAUCUGAUUACUCCUACUACGUCGAUUUCUACGACAAACGAUUUUCAGAAUUCAUGGACUAUCCGUAUCGAGUUCCGAUCGUCGUUGCGGGACACGUGGACUAUUCUGACAGGACUGUGCAGGAUGAUAUGGAAAGGCUCCUGGAAAGAAUCGAAAACCACACCUUCUAUGCCAAUUCAAACUUCACAGAUUCCUGGUUGAGGAAGUUUCUCAAGUUUGCCGAAAUGGCGAAUAAUCAUGGGGCGAAUAUAAUCGACUUAUCGAACGAAACGACGUUCAAUGAGAAUCUUCGUGGCGUGCUGAAUUCCGGUGACAAUAAUAAAAACGCAUUGGACGUGGUUUUUGACGACGGAGGACGAAUCAUAGCGUCAAGAUUCAUUGUGCAAAUCUAUGAUCUGAAGAAAUUGCCGGACUUGAAAGAUUGCAUGCUGUUUUUGCGGCACGUCUUCAAGGAGGAAUUCCCAAAUUAUAACCUCACCGCUUUCAAUCCCGUCUUUUCUUUCGCGGAAUUGCUGAUUGGAGCGACGAAUACUGCAAUCCAAACUGUUGGAAUAGCCGCUGUGGUGAUGCUGAUAAUUGCCCUGAUUAUGAUCCCGGAAUCCAAGUGCGCCAUUUACGUCGGCUUUUCGCUGGUGUCGAUCGAGCUCGGGGUUCUGGGCUACAUGUCACUCUGGGGAGUGAACCUAGAUGCCAUCUCUGUCGGGUGUCUGGUCAUGUGCAUCGGGUUCUCUGUAGACUUCUCAGCACACGUCACACAUUCCUUUAUAUCGAGUCCCGAGUCUACGAAUAUCCUCAAGCUGCAGGACGCCAUUGAAAAGGCGGGCUUGCCGAUUUUGCAAGGCGCCACUUCGUCGGUGUUGGGCGUGAUCGCCAUGCUGAAAAUCCCGGCUUAUGCGUACUUGAUUUUUGUCAAGACCAUUUUCUUGGUGAUGAUUUUCGGCGCUGUGCACGGGAUCUUGUUUUUGCCUGUGCUGCUCACUUUGACGGAAUCGAAUGGCGAGAAGAAGAAGACGGAUUCGAAGCAAGCGGCGAAGCGAAUAGCGUCUCCGCAGACGGACUUGAGUCUCAUUAGAAGGGAUGAGUUUUCCGACUCGUCAUUCCGGCAGGAUGAAGGAAAUGAUUACGUUUCCUUCAUGGGAUUCAAGUUGCAUGACGCGAAGAAGAAGAACAGAGUCUCAGGAUCGUCGAGUGACGAGUCCAGUGGGAUCGGGAUGGAUCCCAAGUCGUCGUCGAGUGAGUCUGUCGACAGCAAAGAAGUCGACGAGUUCGUCGACGCGGACGAACCGCUGAACAACGGUAGCUCUCGACUCAUGAGCCAGGUGUCGCACGAUUCCUGUUUGUGAAGACAAAUAAUCUCUGCUCAAUAAGUGAAACAAAACAGCCGACGACCUCAUCGUUUGCAGUAGAAACACGAAUCCAGAAUUGGUGAAAACUACGUGGCCAGUUUUAUGAGGACAUUCCUAAGAAGAAGAAAAAAAAAGAGACGUGGAAUCUUACAAAACGAGACUUUAAAAACAGCUCAGGCUGGAAAUUCGUCAUAAGCUUGGCCGAAUCCGCGGAAUCGUUUUCAGUCCCGACGUUUUAAACGGGACUCAUUUUUUUCGGAGGAGGCGCCGGAAACUCGUUUCUUGGCGUUUUGUCGCCGGGUAUGGAUGUGAUGAAAAGAUGUUAUGGUGAUGAUGUCAACAUUUGUCUUUUUAGGGCUUGUACUUGCCCUGAAUUUGUAAGUCUUUAAUUAUUUUCUAGCAUUGAUGCGAGUCGAGGUAGAAAAAUUGAGGAAGCGAAUGCUUCCUCGACUGUAUUUUGUGGCCAUUCGAUGUAUAUUUGCCUCUGAGCCAUGCGAACGGGUGUAUGUGAUAUUUUUUUCUCCCGUUGUACAGUGGGAUCCACCCGCUACUAUUUCGUAUACCCGCAAAAAAUUUAAAUAUAUUUCAGCGAGUUUUGAACAUAAAGAGCAUAAAAUUUGUGCUUGAGAAAAGUUAGAUGCUGUAGAAGGACAACGAACGGUAGUACGAUAAAUUGAUAUCAUCAAACUGCUGUGAGAGCUUCAAAUAAUUGCGGUUGGGGUAAGAAUUGAGAUCAAAUUUUUAGGAUGUCUCAGAGAUGAUAGGUACUUACCCUUUACUCAAGUACCACCCAAACCAUUUUCCUAAAAAUAAAAUUAGGCUCAAAAAAUGGGAUGCGCAUCAUACUUGAUGCAGCUUUUCUGCGAUUUUAUUUUUACAUUUGCGGUGCGCCUCAUAAUACGUCGAAUAGUUUCAGUUGAGUUCAAAUGUAUAAUUUGUAGAGACUGAUGGAAUCGAUGAAAAUACACUUGCAGCAGGCCUAUAUCAAUCUGAGGCAUGAAGUUCUUUAAAAAAAUAAAUGCAGUAUUUUGGAAUUCAAAUUUUAUUCGCAAAUAUUUCUAAAUGCAUUUUUUGUUUCAUGAACUAGGAUCAAUUUUUGUGUCACGUAAGGAACCCAAAUUGCGCGUGAUAAUACAAGGGAGUACAAUCCUGUAUAAGAAAGUUGUCCUUGUAGAACGGGAUCACUGACACUUUUAAAGGAGGUGUGAUUGUAAAAAAAAAAGAAAUUCCUGACAUAGCCCAUGAUGUUCCAAGGUCAUGGGAUGUUUAUUUUAUUUUUUAAACGUUUCUCAAUUUACUGUAUAAUUAUAGGUAUAAAUUUUCUAGUUACAUCCAGUGCUCUCCAUUCAUGUCACCGGGUGCUAAAAAUUUGUCAGGCUAUAGCUAAAAAAUCGAAUUUGUACCGUUACUUUAAAUUUGGAAAAGGUAAUGAGUUAAACAAAGCAAAAUUUAACUUUUAAGCUGGUCUAACAAAAUUGUUAGCAUCCUGUGACAGGUGGAGUACAGUACAGUACUCUGCCUAUAACACUGGAAAGUUCUCAUUUUUCCUGAUGCAGGAAAUUUAAAAAAAUGUUUUUUAAAAAUCCGAAAAACCCCAGAACUUCAGAAUAUUAUGGGCUAUGUCAUGAUUUUUUACAUCACACUUACUCUAAAAAUUUCAAGAGUUCGCGUCCAACCAUGGGGGCAACCCUUGUGUAUUAGUCAGUGGGAGUUAAUUAUAGUAUUGCAUCUUGAGGCAAAAACAAUCAUAGUCUCUUGAAAUGAAAUGGAUAACGCUGGCAUUUUGGCACUCCCUAUCAGGAAAACUAUGUUUGUCUAUAUUUGUUAGAUUAUUAGUGGAUGGAUCACACCACCGGUAAAAGUCAUGAAAGCCAAAAACCUUACUCUUUACAUUGUUUGACUCCACACUUCUCCUGAUGAUGCUGUUUCAAGUGAUGGCAGGAUUUUAUUCUCUGGUUAUCUCUUUGUCCGACCUGUACUCAGCACGAAUUUAGUAAUACGAUAUUGUGUUCAUAAACUUCGCUGAAGUAUAUAUCAACAUUUUAGUGGAACUAUACUGUAUAUAGUAGCGAAUGAAUCACCCUGUAAUUACGCGUAGUUCUCAAGAUUGAGAGCUCAUUGGUGCUGGCUUUCACUUUCUUUUUUGGCGCUCGGAAGAAUGAAUCGAAUCACUUUUUUUUUUACGAAUCUUCAUGGUGACAAUGAUUCAUGAUUUUCAAUAAUGAAUAUAUUCGUGAAGAUCCCACCGAUGCAGGCGAUCGUUCAACGGCAUUUCUGUAAUCUAUUGUUCCGUGAUUCUUUGCAAAGAAGCUAUUGUCACGAGAGAUUUGUCCGUGAAGAGGUUAUUGCAUGUAGAUCGCUGUUGGUAAUUAAAACAGCCUCCAGUGUUGAUCUUGAUGUGCUUACAUA